GUUCCUUUUGAAUGAUUUCACUGCGGUUUACAUUCCCAGGGAGUUUCGCAGCCGCAGUCAGAGACCGGGGAGGUGGGAGGGGGGGCAGGAAUCAUGGUGUAACCGCCGGGCGAUCGAGGAGCCAAAGGAGCCUUCCCGGUUCAUGGCACGCCGGGCAAGUGGCGCUGGAGAGGAGAGGACCAUGGUGGUCGAGGGACCGGCGGGGUUCUGAAGGUGCUGAAGGGGGCGGAGGGUGCUGCGGGGUCCAUCCUUCUGCUUGCUUUCCCUGCCGCAUUUCCUUCCUUUUUUUGCCGGUCUGUGGAAACCCCCCUCUCGGCCGCCUCCGCCUGCUGCAAAGAUGUCUCUCGCCAUGGAAGAGGAAGAAUACGCCAAGCUGGUGAUGGAGUCGGAGCCCGAGUGGCUGCGCGCCGAGAUCAAGCGGCUCUUCCAGGAGCUGGGCGAAACCACCCGGGAGAAGAUCCAGGCUGCCGAGUAUGGGCUGGUCGUCUUGGAGGAGAAGCAGCAGCUCAAGCAGCAAUACGAGGAGCUGGAGCUGGAGUACGAAACCAUCCGCACCGAGAUGGAGCAGCUGAAGGAGGCUUUUGGUCAGGCUCAUACCAACCACAAGAAAGUAGCAGCAGAUGGAGAGAGCAGAGAGGAGACUUUGAUACAGGAAUCUGCCACAAAAGAAGAAUACUACAUGAAAAAGGUUAUGGAACUGCAGACGGAACUCAAGCAGCUGAAGAAUGUCCUUGCCAACACCCAGUCUGAAAACGAACGCCUAAAUUCAGUUGCCCAGGAACUGAGAGAGAUAAAUCAAAAUGUUGAGAUCCAGAGAGGUCGCUUACGAGAUGACAUCAAAGAGUAUAAAUUCCGGGAAUCUCGCUUGCUGCAAGAUUACACUGAACUCGAGGAAGAAAACAUCUGCCUUCAGAAACAAGUGUCUAUUCUGAAACAGAAUCAAGUGGAAUUUGAAGGGUUGAAACAUGAAAUCAAAAGACUAGAAGAGGUUACAGAAUUCCUGAACAGUCAGUUAGAAGAUGCCAUAAGAUUGAAAGAGAUAUCUGAACGCCAGCUUGAAGAAGCCUUAGAGACCCUGAAGACCGAACGUGAACAAAAGAAUAAUCUUCGGAAAGAAUUAUCUCAUUAUAUGAAUAUCAAUGACUCCAUGUAUACCAGCCAUUUGAACAUCUCUUUGGACGGACUGAAGUUUAGCGAUGAAACCACUGAGCCCAACAAUGAUGAGAUUGUGAAUGGCUUUGAACCAAAUUGCCUGAGUAAAAUCAACAAUGGCAAUAAUAAAGCAUCAACACCCAAAAAAACCGACAGCUUCCCUCCAGCCCCUAGUUUGGUGAAUGAUCUUCUGAGUGAGCUAAAUAUAUCUGAAAUCCAAAAAUUGAAACAACAACUAAUGCAAAUGGAGAGGGAGAAAAUGAAUCUGUUGUCUACGCUCCAAGAAUCACAAAAGCAACUGGAGAACACCCGGGGUGCACUUUCCGAGCAGCAUGAAAAAGUUGGCAGGCUCACCGAGAACCUCAAUGCCAUGAAAAAACUCCAGGUCAGCAAGGAACGUCAGUCUGCUCUUGACAAUGAGAAAGAACGAGAUAGCCAUGAAGACGGAGAUUAUUAUGAGGUUGAUAUCAAUGGCCCAGAGAUCCUGGAAUGCAAGUAUAAAGUAGCUAUGGCAGAAAUCAGUGACUUGAAAGAGGAACUUAAAGCUCUCAAGACUAAAUAUGAGGAAUGCGAAUCUAAAUACGAAGAGGAUAAAAGCAGGUACGAGACAGAAAGUCAAGUCCUGACGGAAAAGAUCAGUUCUUUGGACAAAUCUAGUAGGCAAGAUAGAGAGCAGGUCAUCAGAUUGGAGAAGGAACUCAGGAAAGUCACUGAUGUUGCUGGGGAAACCCAGGGCAGCCUUAGUGUAGCCCAAGAUGAACUGGUCACCUUCAGUGAGGAAUUAGCCAACUUGUAUCACCAUGUAUGUAUGUGCAACAAUGAAACCCCCAACAGAGUGAUGCUAGAUUACUACAAGCAGGGCAAAGGAGGACAUACCAGUCCAGAGGUCAAAGGCCACAGAUCACCAAUCCUGCUCUCUAAAGGUUUAUUGUUGAUAGACUUAGGAAAAGCAGAAACCGGGAGUGGUGAAAGCAGUCCUUCACCAGUUUCAUCCCUCCCUUCACCAGUAUCUGAAGUAUCCCGGAAGGAACCUAUGAAUGUUUACAACCUGAUUGCCAUAAUCCGUGAUCAGAUCAAGCAUUUGCAAGCAGCAGUAGAUAGAACAACUGAGCUGUCACGGCAGCGGGUGACUACCCAGGAACUUGGGCCGGUAGUGGACAAAGAUAAAGAGGCACUUAUGGAAGAAAUUCUGAAGCUGAAGUCUUUGCUAAGCACCAAGAGAGAGCAGAUUGCAACACUGAGGACAGUACUAAAGGCCAACAAACAGACAGCAGAAGUUGCCCUUGCAAACUUGAAAAGCAAAUAUGAAAAUGAAAAGGCAAUGGUUACAGAAACAAUGAUGAAGCUGCGCAAUGAACUGAAAGCUUUAAAAGAAGACGCUGCUACUUUCUCUUCUCUGAGGGCCAUGUUUGCUACUAGGUGUGAUGAAUACGUCACUCAGCUGGAUGAAAUGCAACGCCAGCUUGCUGCAGCUGAAGAUGAAAAGAAGACCCUCAACUCCCUGCUUCGCAUGGCAAUUCAGCAAAAGCUGGCUCUGACCCAGCGCCUUGAACAUCUUGAGUUGGACCAUGAGCAGUCCAAAAGGGUGCGCGCAAAAUCUGCAUCCAAAGCCAAGAGUAGUAACCCCAGUGUAAGUCACAUUCGAUCAUGUGGAGACAAGUCGGAAGGCUCUGUGCUUAAUAACCAAGUUUUUUGCAGUGAUAAGUAUAAGAUCUGUUGUGAUUAAAGAAGAAAUUAGGAAGCCGUAAACACACGUCUGAUGUUUGUGCAUUUGAAUGUCAGCAUUAAUCCCCACUAUAUUAAUAUUGCAAUGAUGAGUGGAUUUAUAUUAGUAUGUUGUUAAACCAUGUAAUACAAGGUGUAUUAUAGUGGUCUUAACUUGUAACUGAAUCACAAGCAUGGUUGGGGAAAAGGCUGUGAAGAAGUUAAUGGUGGAAGAGGAUUUGCUGUUUCUACAGUGAAUGGCUUUGGUUUUGUGGAUUAUGGGUAAGUGCUAAAGGAGCAUAUCAGGUACAGUCUAUAUGCUGUUACUAACUGUAGCUUGACUAGCACAAAUGGGAUGCUUUCCCCAGAGUUGUAAGUUUGUUUCCAGGGAUGGAGACAGCAAAACUGUCUCCUUGGUUAGUAGUUUUGAGAAGUGAGGGUAACCAGCUUCUAAAAUCAGAAGUACAAUGAAAAGAUGAUUAAAUCUGCUGCAGCGCUUAAUUGCUGUCAUUAUCAUUAUCAUUAUCUAAAAAUCAAAAAUCUUUUCUCUAAAUUUUAAAUAUGAACGCAAACUAUGGGAAAGAAGGUAACCUUCUCAAGCCCUUUAUUUUCUAGCCCUGCUUGGCUUCUUGGGCUUAAGCUAUUAAAAAAUUGCACAUUAAAAAUAAAAUAAAAUAUGCAAUGUAAUAUUGCCUGUUUGGGAGGAGAAUUUAAUGGUUAAGGAAAGCAAAACUAGAACACUACAUCAGAGCAGAUGUGAUGUAGGAAGAGUAUACUAUACUACAAUGAUAAAAUAUUAUAGUUUCUGGCAAUUAAUAUGCCAGAAGGAAGGGUGAAUUACACAUUGGACAUUAACUAGUAUUCAGCUUAUUUAACUUCCCUUGAUUUUAGUGGGACAAUUGCAUAAUUGUUUUCUGCUACAAUCAAAGAGAUUACAUAAUGCUUAGAGGAUGUCCAUUAUUACUAUCUAUGUGUAUAGAAUUAAUAGGAGUAUGUUCUAGUAUUGUCAAAUUGCAAUGCAGUUUCUCCUUAACUGUCAGUAUUAGAGCUUUAUAGGAUAGUAUUAAUGAGCUCUAAGUUUUGUUUAAAUAAAACAAAAUUGUAUUUCUUAUGCAACCACACACUUCACAGGGCUCUACAUUCUAGGCACUGGAAACUAAAUGAUUAGUUUAUUCUUGGCUAUGCCCAAUUGUGAGGUAGAUUAGCAGAGAUGUAUUCAUUGAUUAAAAAUCUUUCGUCAAACUUUUAAGGGGCCUUUUCAGCCACUUAAUUUCAAUACACUAGAUUUUUUUAAAAAGUGUACUUCAUAAUUGGUGCCUAAAGAAGGGGGGAAAAGGAGAAAAUUAUGUUUUUUUAAAAAAAAUUGUGGUAAAUCCAAGGAGCACAAAAAGGUACACUUAAAAACAAAAUAAUUCAGAAGUGCCUAGCCUCAAACAUUAUUUUAAUGUAAAGCCCUGUUCAUACGGUACUCUUUUCAAAUAACUUUGUAUGCUUAGAAUAUUACAAAGAAGUAAUGCAGGACUGUGCAGCUAUGUCUGCUAAUGUAGAAAUAUCUCUUUCCUUCCUUCCUCUUCCCCCUUCAAGCCAUGCUAAUAAUAAUCUUGGUGUUGUAUUGCCUCGUCUCACAUUACUAUCUCUUUUUAGAUGAUCUGCAGCUUCCUUCCUAUGUAGCGCUGCUCUGCCUAUGAAGUAGUUAGGAGAUAUAGCAAUGUUAAUGUAAAAUAAUAAAGAGAGGGCUUUCCUAGUAAAAGGACGCCAAGAAUUGCUUACAUCUUUCUUGAAAUUGGAAAGAAAACUGAACAUAUUUGCAACAUGGGUUGUAAAGAAUUUUUUUUAAUAAAGAACGUAGAAAUUAGGAGGUGAAAUUAGUUCUGUUGAAUUCAAACUAAUUGUGAAUUAUUGACCGAUUGGCAAACAUAUGAACAGUGUAAAAUGGUAGGUCCUACAUGCCUCACUUUAUUAUUGCUUUUGCAGGAAACAUUCUAUUCUCCUGAAUUUGAGCUUUAAUGUAGCUAUUUGCCAGGUUUUGAUAUUUUUAGAAUGCCUUUUAACAGUGGUACGCCCUGCUUUUCUCCUUUAAUGCUCAAUAAUCCAGAAGGCCUUUUAAAGCUCUGUUUCCCUUCUUGCAAAACCCCUGCAUUGAUAAUAAAUAUUGAGCUAUUUUGCUCUGUUAGAAGCAGCAACGUUUUGCUUCCAGGUUAAGAGGGAUCUAUGAAAUACAGUUUUCAAGCAUCUCCAUUUCUUGGGUUUAGGAUGAGGAAAUUUUAAGAAAUUGAUUGCAUCAGUAAAAAAUUCAAGUAAAUUGACAUUAAAUUGGGAGAUUUAAGGGUUCUGGAAUUGCAAACUGUGCAUUUGGUUGCAUUGUUUAAUUUAUAUUUAUAAUUUUCAAUAGGCUUGCUAAUUGUUUACAUUGUUGUUAAUCUUCAUUCUUCUGAGCCUUGAACCAUUCUAUGUCUUCAGAAUUCACAGUAACUGCUUAGAGCAGUGCUUCCCAAGCUUCAUUACUCAAAAGGGUUUAUCAGAAAGUCCUCUGGAUCUGGACCCAAUGUAGGUAAUACAGUUUAAUUUGAAUGUCCCUGUUGGGAUUGGGUAAUGAGUUUGUAUGUCAUUACCCGAAGAAAAAAUAUUUUUACCUAACUUUGGGUAAGUUUGGGAAGCGCUGCUUAGAGAAUGUCAGCCCAGCUGCAUCCUUAUAUUUGUUUAGUCGUACAUUCAAUUUUUAGAAACAGACUUGGGGAAAAACAGCUAUGAUUUGCUGUUAUGUCUAAGCUUUGAGAGGGGCUUGUACUUACUUGGUUUAAAUUUUUCAAAAUUAACUUGAUGCAUCCAAUGUUUCCUUUUGCUUUUAUUGGGUUGGAAUACAACGUGGAAAACUUACUAAGCCAUCACCUACCUCUGCAAGUGGGACUUCUCUUCUGAGUGAUUUUACUGCUUCACUGUAUUGGCUGGCAUGAUAUACUGACUCACCUGCAUGCUUGUGAAGAGGCAGCAGCUUCACUGAUCAAUUCCCUUGUGAAUUUGCCAUUGUUUAUUUACGCUUGAGCAACUUGGCUUCAGGAAUUGUAAGAAACUUUUCUUCCUGCACAGCUUUGGCUAACAGGUGACAUAUUAAAAUAUUAACUUUGGUGUUUGAAAAAGCACCCAUGAGCUUCAUUGGCUUUUAAAAGACUAACACAUGCAUCUCAACUAAUUAAUGUGUUAUAGAUGUCCUGCAGCACAUUCUUUUCUAUAUCUUUAUAUGUUUUCUUUUUUAAACUGGGACAGUGAAACUUUAAAAAAAAAUCUAAUGUUUUUGUUUUUUUCUUUCUUUUUUCUUUUUUUACUUUCCACCUUCCAGCUGUAGAGUAGUUCGUGGAGAAGGCCAUUACAACAAUACAACUUCAUAUCUUAGCCUGUGUCGUUAUGCUUAGAAGUGAUGGUUGCCUGUUGCACAAAGAAUGGAAACUACUCUUAAUGAAUACUCCCUCCCCCCAUGCAAAAUAUGUUCUUUUCAAUAUGCAACCUGUGUUCUCAUUUAGCCUUUUUUAUUUUAUUUUUUAUUUUGGCAUGUUAUGUCUGGAAACAAACAAAAAUAAAGCUUUAUCUUUGAAGUGCUGCUGCAGGAAGAAAACUUACAAAUGCUGAAGAAACAUACUUUAUAAUGUACAUGUAAUAAUUGCCAUGGUAGCUUAUUAUGCUCAUAAGAAAUAUUCAAACGGUGUUUUUUUUUUAAUUUCAUUAUAGAGCUUUCUUUUUUUAAAAAAAUCAGUUAAUUCUUUAAACAUGUGCACUUUUACUAUUUUGAUAUUUACUUUAAUAUCUUUUUAUUCUUUUUUUGUAGAAGAGUUUAUAUUAAUGGGGGGGGGAAUCUAGUGACUUAUGCUAAUAGUCUGUCUAUUUGGAGCUCCUGCUUGACCUUUCCUCAUCCAUUUGUGGCAGAGUUUUAUACUACAUUGUAUUGUUCUACCCUGUAUUUAGAAAGGAGCUUCAAUACAAACUAGGACUUCUGCUGAAAGAUCUACGUGCUGUGUUAUCAGCAUCUUUUUUUCUUUUUUAAUAUAAAAUAUUAAGCUUUAUAUGUUUUCAAUUACUGAUUUUUAACUGCCAUGUUAAUUGAGAAAUCCAGGGUAUUCAAAUUCUGGGGUUUUUUCAUAUUGUAUUAUUAUUCUUAGGAAUAGUUCAAUGUAACAAGAAGAAAACUUGACUUUGCUCUGGUGAAAACAGUUAUAGGCACUUGAAAAUAAAUAUUAGUGUUACCUAUAAAUUCCAGAACGUCUGGGUUUUAGGAAAACCUUACGGUGUAUGAUUGGUUAACAGAAUUUUAUACAACGAUAUCACUUAAAUUCCAAAUUGGAAUUGUUUUUGUUACUACUUUGUUUGAUUGUGCCAAAUUGUGUUACAUUUUAGAAAUAUGACGUCUGAAGUUGGGACUGCUAGGGGGUUUUACUUCAGCGCCUUUUUUUUUCUUCAUUUAAUUAUUGCCAGUAGUGCCUUUCAUAAUUUUCAAGGGAGAUCCCUAAGCUAGCUUAGUCCGUCCAAGAAAUAAGGAACCAUGGUUUUGAAAGCUAGUUAUCAAGUGGAGCAAUAAGGGCAAUAUAACCUCCCCUUCGCACAUUGAUUAAUGAGUAGACCUACUUACUGUAGAGUAGAUCUACCACAUUUGCUCAAAUUGUAAAAAAUUCUGUUAGUCAAUGAUACUUCAUCAUGCAAAUUCAGGGGUAUAGAAGAAAAAAAGUAAACAAAACACAAAUAUACUUUGUAAACCAAAAGUAAUAUUAUUGAACAAAAAGAAGCAAGGUGUAUUAAUGCAUUUGUGGUUGCAGUACAGAGGAUCUUUUGGGAGUUCUGUAGCUUUGUGUGGUGAUGGAUCCAGUUAACCAUAGUAUUGUUUGCAAAUGUGAAGAAGAAAAGCAAGAUAUUUAAUAUUUUUCUCUUGCAUGUUUUAUCUAAUUCAUUUGUGAUUUCAGGAAACAGAAACUGAGAUGUGCAUCAACAAGUUGUCCCUGCAGUGCUAUUUGUUGAGGCUAACUUUGAAUAAUUAAAUUUGGUAACCUUGUGAGGAGCAGAAAUCAGUUUUUCUCUUUAUAUAAAUUAAUUUUAAAAAGAAUUGAAAUCAUAAUCAUGUCAUGGGAAAAAGUUUUCUGUUUGCUGAAAAAUGUUCUAGAAGGUGGGGACUUAAGUUUUUAUCCUUUUGGUUACAGUAUUGACUUAUAAAUGGUAUGAUUACAUUUAAAAUUACAACUCUGUGUGGGUAUUUAUUUGAAUGUCAAAGUACUGUAUUAUGUUUUUAUGUGCAUUUCCUUUUAGUGGUGGAUUGGUCUCCAUUUUAUUGUCAUAUGCAUGAACUCUUGCCAAGUAACCUUUACACAGACCUGCAGCAAAGAACUUAAUGGAAAUUCUUAAAAGAAAAACGUGGAAGUUAAGGAACAACUCUGGUAUCAUUUUAAUAAUUUUAGGAGGUCUAGAGGGCAAU